AUGGAUACCUCUGAUCAAUCAGAUGAUGAGUUUCAUGACGCAACAUACGAUAAUAUAUUUUACGAUACAACCUCUGAGGACAUGCGUCUUGAAAUUUUCUAUCUUAUCUGGCUUGAUUCAAAUAUUACUGCCGAAGACAAUCGAGACACAGAACAAAGGCUUCGCUCUAUUAUUAAUCGUUUUAAAAAAUUUCAAGAUGUAAAAGAAUGUCAAAAAUAUAUUGAACAUCAAUCACAACAAGAUCGAAUAGUUAUGAUUACGAGUGGUAGUUUAGGGCAAGAAAUAGUUUCUUCAAUUCAUAAACUUCGACAAGUUAUAUCAAUCUAUGUGUACUGUAUGGAUAAACAACGGCAUAAACAAUGGGCUGACAAAUUUCCAAAAGUAAAAGCUAUUAUAACACAACUUGAUGAGCUUAUUUCUUGUAUUAAAGUUGAUCAUAACAUUCUGAAAAUUGUGGAAGAACCAUUAGCAAUUAAUAUAUUUACUACAGGUACAUCAACCGGUGGUGUAAAUGGUCAAUUUAUAUUUUCACAAGUGCUUAUUGAUUGUCUUCUGCGAUUGAAAUCUACUAGUAAAGAUCAAACUGAACUUAUUACGAUUUGUAAAAAGGCAUAUGAAGGUAAUACUUUUGAAAUGACCAAUCUUCAUGAAUUUGAAAACAAAUAUUCACCUACAAAAGCCUUAUGUGAAAAUAUUCAUAUGAUAUUUUUAUUUCGUCAGUUUAUUUCUGAUAUUCAACAUCAAUUAAAAGAAAAUCAAGUUAAAUCUCCCAUAAAAGUUUAUCGAGGUCAAAUGAUAUCAAGUGAUGAAUUAAAACGUUUGAAAGAACAUUGUGCACAGUUUAUUUCAAUGAAUUCAUUUAUUUCUACUAGUACUGAUGAGCAACAAGCUCGUGUCUUCCUCAAUGUUCCUAAUAGUGCAGUCGAUUUAGAAUCUGUAUUCUUUGAAAUUGAAGCCGAUCCUAACACGGUGACUACAAAACCAUUUGCUGAUAUUAGUCAACAUAGUGAACAUCCUGGUGAAUCAGAAAUACUUUUUAUGCCGGGUUCAAUUUUUCGAUUGGAGAGUGUCAUGCGAAGCAGUGAGAAUUCUAUAUGGAUUAUUCGAAUGAAAUUAUGUAGUGAUGAAGAUCAUCAUUUAAAAAAAGUUCUUACACAUAUGAAACAGCAACUUGGAAACGGAGGGUGUGGGUGUGGGCGUGGGUGUGAGUGUGUAUUAGUAUUUAAGAAGACCUACGACUAUAGUUUCGACCUUUCUCAAGGGCCGAUCCUCAGGUAGUUUUAGCACUGCAUUAUUUUAUAAUUUAAAUUGAGAAGUAGAAGAACUUCCCACGUUUAAUUUAUAAACGUAAAGGGUGUGGGUGUGGGUGUGGGUGGAUGUGGGUGUGGGUGGAUGUAAGUGUAGAUGAUAGGAAAUAGAUCUUCACCCACAUCCCCCACACCGACACCCACACCCACACCCACAUCCACACCCAACGAAUGAAUGGUCAAAUUCUUUUUUUAUGUUAAAAUUACCAAUAAUUUAAAUGAACUUUUACUUUAGAAAGAACAAUAUAUGUAUCACUAAUUAUUUAGAUUCGUAUAAAUCUAAAUAAAUGAUAAAUGAAUGUUCAUUUACCAAAGGAAAAAAAAUGUUUAUCAAUAAAUUUGAUCGGUUACAAGCAAAAUUAACUUUCUAGUGAGCAAAUAAAUGUUUGAAUCUUUUUUAAAACUUAAAUCUCAUUUAUCUAUUUCUGCUGUAGUCAUCAUACUCUUUUAUUUCACUAUGACGAUCUCAAAAUGUAAUCAACAGAUACAAUGAACACAUGUUUGCUUCUAGUACGUUUAAAAGAUUUCUCAGUUUGAACAAAAGCUAUAUUUGUUCUAUUUUUUAGAUAAAUCAAUGUAUGACUAUAUAUACAGAUGUCAGUAUUCAUUGUUAUCAAGAAUCAUUAUAAAAUUUUGUUUCUACGAACAUAAAUAUUCUUGUCAUGUUUCUCUGAAAGUUUUUUUUGUAUGUUUUACAAAUUAUUGGAUUAAAAUACAAAAUAAACAGAUAUGAUUGAUAGAUGUGGAUAAAAAUAAAUAAAUCUAAAUUUAAUAAGAGGUGAAUAUUUCGAAAAUUCAGAUGAUAAUAUUUAUAACUAUGAAAAAAGCUUUCUAAACAAGAAGAACUUAAUCUAGCUGAUAAAAUACUUCACUACCUAGUGCUCAACUAUGUAUGUAAGAAGAUUUGGUAUAAAUCAUUUAUAAAAAAAAGACAGUCAAACACGUACGAGAUUAUAAGUAUCUUAUUAGAACAUACAUAUCUUUUUGAUAUAAAUGAAAAUGUCUCUUAUUAUAUAUUGGCUUAUUUA